AUGAGUUCAUCAUGGACGACGAAGCAGAACAAGCUGUUCGAGAGGGCGCUGGCGACAUACGACAAAGACACGCCGGGCCGCUGGCAGAACGUGGCGCGGGCAGUGGGUGGUGGAAAGACGGCCGAGGAGGUGAAGAGGCACUACGACAAGCUGCUUCAAGACCUGCACCACAUUGAGUCGGCAGGCCGUCAGGGUUCCCAAUACGGCGGCAGCAGCAGCAGCAAAUCCAAAGGUGGCAGCAGCAGCGGGGAGCAGAGGUAGUUAAGUAAUACGAAUCCAUACUAGGAAAAUGUGAGUCCUAGGCACUGGAAUUGGUUCUCUUCUCCCUAAUCCCUAUAAGCCAGAAAGGGUAAUAGGCUUCAGUGUAAGCA